UUGCGAAACUUCUUCUCCCAUCACCAGUCUCGCCAUGGCCGCCAUCUCACGAUCUCUCAGACCGCUAACCCGCGUUGCUGCUGCCUCGUCGCGUUCGCUGCGGCCAGCUGCUCGCCCCGCCCUGCAAACCCGGUGCCUCUCUGCGACGCCUGCCCGACGAGAAGCCGUCGACAUAUCAGAUGUACCGCCGACGCCUAUCACGCACCUCUCUGAGACGGAGAUGCUCAUGAGCGACUCGGUGUCCAAGUUUGCCAAUGACGUGGUGCUGCCCAAGGUGCGGGAGAUGGACGAGGCCGAGGCCAUGGACCCCGCAAUCGUAGAGCAGUUGUUCGAGCAGGGGCUCAUGGGCAUCGAGAUCCCCGAGGCGUACGGCGGCUCCGGCAUGAACUUCACAUCGGCCAUCAUCGCCAUUGAGGAGCUCGCGCGCGUGGAUCCCAGCGUGAGUGUCCUGUGCGACGUGCAUAAUACGCUCGUCAACACGGCCAUUGCAAGGUGGGGCUCGGAGAAGCUCAAGAAGGAGUGGCUGCCAAAGCUGGCAACCAACACGGUCGGCUCCUUUGGCCUGUCGGAGCCCGUCUCUGGGUCCGACGCCUUUGCGCUGGCAACAAAGGCCACGCGGACAGACAACGGAUACAAGAUAAGUGGGAGCAAGAUGUGGAUUACCAACAGCAUUGAGGCAGACUUGUUCAUCGUCUUCGCCAACCUCGACCCCAGCAGGAAGUACAAGGGAAUCACUGCGUUUGUUGUCGAGAAGGGCAUGCCUGGCUUCUCCAUUGCCAAGAAGGAGAAGAAGCUGGGCAUCAAGGCCAGCAGCACCUGCGUCAUCAACUUUGACGACGUGGAGAUUCCCAAGGACAAUUUGCUGGGCAACGAGUUUGAGGGCUACAAGUAUGCCAUAGCGACGCUCAAUGAGGGUCGCGUUGGCAUUGCAGCGCAGAUGACGGGUCUGGCGCUGGGGGCGUGGGAGAACGCGGCAGGCUACGUAUGGAACGACCGCAAGCAGUUUGGUAAACUCAUUGGCGAGUUCCAGGGGAUGCAGCACCAGCUCGCCCAAGCGUGGACCGACAUCCAAGCCGCGCGUGCUCUUGUCUACAACGCAGCGCGCAAGAAGGAGGCGGGCGAGGACUUUAUCAUGGACGCGGCCAUGGCCAAGCUCAUGGCAGCGCAGGUCGCUGGACGCGUGUCUGGGCAAGCAAUCGAGUGGAUGGGCGGCAUGGGCUUUGUGAGAGAGGGUCUGGCCGAGAAGUACUUUAGGGACAGCAAGAUUGGCGCCAUCUAUGAAGGAACCAGCAACAUCCAGCUGACGACCAUUGCCAAGCAGCUGCAAAAGAAGUAUACGAAAUAGACCAGUGGCACUAUGCCCCAAGAUGUACAGCAGAUGAAAUGACGAACCAGUAUACAC